GCAUUCUAGCCUAUUUUCAACGCUGCAAUCAGGUACAGUCGGAGUGUAGAGUCUGUAAGUGUGGAUGAACAUGUUUUAGUGAACUUUGUGUUAACCUUCAGGAUGUUUCGUCCCAGAUUCAUCUCUUGUUAGCCGACAUUGCUCACGGAAAUUAGCGUAGCUUGCUAACAUGAAACAUCCAGAAACGAAACAUCUGAGUCUCCUGGUGUCCUACGAAGCUAAUGAAGCUAACUUAGCCUGCUAGCUGGAAACAGACGGAGGCGGACGGGAUUUGGCAGCACGUCGGAGUGACCAAACUGGUUUUAACGGAGUGUGUGGAGGAAAAGAUGCUGCUGUGACUUUGUGAAAAUGUCACACAAACUACUGGACGCAGUUUUCCAUCCGGAAGUCCGCUUACACAGAGCAGACGUGGAGCUGCGGUCGGUGAGUGAAGGAGAGGAUCCCCCUGAGCGGCAGGACUGGAGCCCCAGUCUGGUCCAGGAGGAUCCACCAGAGCUGCCACACAUUAAAGAGGAACAGGAGGAACUGUGGACCGGUCAGGAGGGAGAGCAGCUUCGAGGGCCGGAGGAGGCUGAUGUCAUGGAGGCCACGUUCACUCCUGUCUCUGUGAAGAGUGAAGAAGACGAUGAAGAGAAACCUCAGUCCUCUCAGCUUCAUCAAAGACAGACUGAAGAGAUGAAAACAGAAGCUGAUGGAGAGGACUGUGGAGGACCAGAACCAGCCAGGAGCUCAGAUCCAGAUACCCAACCAGAUACUGACCACAAGAGUUCAACCUCCUCUGACUGUGAGACUGAUGACAGCUGUGACUGGGAGGACAGCAGAGAACCUCGGUCAGGUUUAAACCCUCUGCAGGACAAUGAAGGACAUCAGCAGAAACACAAUGGACUCCAAACAGGAGAGAAACCAUUUAGCUGCUCAGUUUGUGGUAAAAGAUACCACAGGAAGAAAUCGUUAAUAGUUCACAUGAGGCUUCAUUCAGAAGGAAAACGUUUCAGCUGCUCAGUUUGUCAAAAAACCUUUAAAUGGAGAGGAGAUCUCAUGAGGCACAUGAGAGUCCACACAGGAGGGAAACCUUUUGGUUGCUCUGUCUGUGGUAAAAGAUUUGCACGAAAGGAGGCUCUGAGACAGCACUCGACUACCCACACAGGAGAGAAACCCUUCAGCUGUUGUGUCUGUGGUAAAAGGUUUGGACAAAAGCCAAUUUUGAUCUCACAUUUAAGAGUUCAUACAGGAGAAAAACCUUUCAGUUGCUCAGUUUGUCCAGCAAGUUUCAAAGACCCUGGCAAUCUGUCCACACAUGUGAGGAAGCAUACUGGAGAGAAACCAUUUAGUUGUUCAGUUUGUGGGAGAAGAUACCACUGUAAGAGAUCCUUCACUUAUCACAUGGGACUUCAUUCAGAAAGAAAACGUUUCAGCUGCUCGGUUUGUAAAAAAAGUUUUCAGUGCAAAGGAAAUGUUGUGAAGCACACAAGACUCCACUCAGGGGAGAAACCCUUCAGCUGUUCAGUUUGUGGUAAAGCAUUUGCACAAAAGAAAGGUCUCAAAGAGCACAUGAUCAGCCACUCAGAGGAGAAAUCCUUCAGUUGUUCUGUCUGUGGGAAACAAUUUGCUCGAAAGUCAGGUUUGACCUCACACUUAAGACUUCAUACAGGUGAAAAACCUUUCAGCUGCUCAAUUUGUAAAGCGAGUUUCCGUUUCAGAGACACUUUGCUCAGUCACAUGAGAAAACAUAGUGGGGAGAAGCCCUUCAGCUGUUCGCUUUGUGGUAAAAAAUACAACUGGAAGAAGUCAUUAACUGCUCAUAUGCGACUUCACGCUGACGGAAAAUGUUUCAGCUGCUCAGUUUGCAAGAAAACUUUUCCAUGGAGAGGAGAGUUUGUGCAGCACAUGAGAAUCCACACAGGAGAGAAACCCUUCAGCUGUUCAGUCUGUGGGAAAAGAUUCACACAAAACUCAUCUUUGACCGCACACUUAAAAGGUCAUACGGGAGAAAAACCUUUUCCCUGCACGCUUUGUAAUGCCACUUUCAGUCGCAAAAGCUAUCUGUCCACACACAUGAAAACCCACAGAGACGAGACGCCUGUCAGUUCUGUCUGUGAUCGAACAGGUGAACGUCGCUCAGCUUUGACUGCACACUCAAAACUUCACCCAGAAGAACGACUUUUCACCUGCUCAGUUUGUAAAGCAAGUUUCAGUUUCAAAAGCAAUUUGUCCAAACACAUGGUGGUUCACACUGAGGAGAAACCAUUCAGCUGUUAGGUUUGUGGUCAAGGAUUUGGAGGCAGUGCAGCUCUGAGAUGGUUGCAGUUCGUUGCGGUGUUUUGUGAUAAAAGAUUCACUCAGUUUUUUCAUAUACAAACGCAUAAAUGUGUCGGUGAGAGCAGCAGGAGUAAAUGAAGCUGCAGAGAUGCUCACUGAGCCAGUUUCUUCCAACAGGAUUGAAGUCCUGAGAGCUGGUAACAAUCUGAGAACAGAAAUUCUCGGAGAUUAAAGUCACUCAUUCACUAAACUAAAUCGACAUCAGUGUUGUUUUCUCCUUAACAGGCUCAGCUCGCUGCAGUUUGGCUGCAGGACAUUUCCCUCCUGUCAGCUCCUCCUGUCAGCCUGUAAACUGGUGAUAAUAUUCUCACGGCAGACACGUGUU